UCUUAAACCCUAAAAACCCUUAUCCUGCCUUUUGCUCUAUCCUCCAAACACAAGGCAUUGGCAUUUCGAACCGGCAUCAUUUCAGGUCGUGCUAUGCCCAUUAAACUAUUACCGCAUCUCCGGUUCCUCAAUCCUUCCCUCCCAAUCACCCGUUUUCCUUUAAUGAAUCUUAAACCCUCCAUUCACACUUCUGGAGCCAUAACCAGUUUGCGUCAGGCCUUCCCUUUUAAACUCAAAUACCAAGGGUUCGCCACCCACGGUAACGACCAACACUUUCAGCACGGUGUGCGGAAAUUAUCGACUCGCCCGUUCCGACCCAGGACCGGGUCUAUCUCUAGGUCCGAGUUCUCUCGUGAUCGUGAGGGAGGUCGAGGAGAAAUUCGCGCUUCCAAGAGUUUAAUUGAGGACGAGGCUGAACUUAGUGACUGGGUUAGUGAGUUAGGGCCGGACUCAUCCCAUGGUAAACACAUUAACAGAGACAAGGAGGAGUCAGAUUUCAGGAAGCCUCGUGGUGGAGAUAGAGACUCUUUUUUGAUGAAGAGGAGAAGAGAGAGUAACCCGGACGGGUUGUACGAGUCUAAUAGGAGAGUGAAUCGGAACUCAGCUAACUCAUUUUCAAGGAAUAAUAAUUCGAGGUUUAAUAGUAAUUUUGAGAAUGGUAAUGGGGAGCCUUAUUCGCGGAAAAAGAAUAGUGGGUUUGAGAGAGGAAGUGUUAAUUCUUUUACAGAGAAGAGAGGUGAGAGGAAGGACAGGGGGAGCUUCAAGAAAGAAGGGAAAAUUUUCAAAAGAGAAAGGCCUUUUUCCGAUGAUGAUAAUGGUGAUGAUGUGAAUGAGGAGAGAGGGAGAAUUAUGAGUGGUAUAGGGGAUUUGCUUAAUGAGAAAGCUAGUGAUGUCGAUGAUGUUAGUGAUGUUGAUGAUGAUGAUGAUGAUAGUACUUUCAGGAAGAAUGCCAGGACUUCUAUUGGAUUAGAUGAUGAGGGUGGUGAGACGAAAAGUUCACCGGGGAAAUAUGAUUCGUAUUUGAGUGAGAGCAGAUUCGAUCAAUGUUCACUCUCCCCCUUGUCACUGAAGGGAAUCAAGGAUGCUGGAUAUGAGAAGAUGACUGUAGUACAGGAGGCAUCUCUUCCUGUAAUACUCAAAGGUAAGGAUGUUCUGGCUAAGGCUAAAACAGGCACCGGAAAAACGGUAGCAUUUUUGCUCCCUUCUAUUGAAGUUGUCACCAAAUCUCCUCCUGUUGGUCGUGAUCAAAAGCGGCCCCCAAUUCUUGUGCUCGUAGUAUGCCCUACUCGAGAGCUUGCAACUCAAGCUGCUGCAGAAGCUAACACACUACUUAAGUAUCAUCCAUCUAUUGGAGUUCAAGUUGUGAUAGGUGGUACAAGACUUGCUAUGGAGCAAAAACGGAUGCAAUCAACCCCUUGCCAGAUUCUUGUCGCGACUCCUGGAAGGCUCAGAGACCAUAUUGAGAAUACUGCAGGAUUUGCAACAAGGUUGAUGGGCGUGAAAGUUCUCGUACUUGAUGAAGCCGAUCAGUUAUUGGACAUGGGAUUUCGAAAAGACAUUGAGAAUAUAAUUGCUGCUGUUCCAAAAGAACGACAAACACUCUUGUUUUCUGCCACAGUUCCUGAAGAGGUUCGUCAGAUUUGUCAUGUUGCUUUGAAAAGAGAUCAUGAAUUCAUCAAUACUGUUCAAGAAGGAAGUGAGGAAACACACUCACAGGUCAAACAGAUGCAUUUAGUUGCUCCACUAGACAAGCACUUCCCCCUCCUGUAUGUUCUUCUGAAAGAGCAUGUUGCAGAUAACGUUGACUAUAAGGUUCUUGUAUUUUGCACCACUGCCAUGGUAACUAGAUUGGUUGCCAACCUUCUGGGUGAGCUGAAGCUGAAUGUUAGAGAGAUACACUCUAGAAAGCCACAGAGUUACAGAACCAGGGUUUCUGAUGAAUUUCGGAAAUCAAAAGGUCUCAUUCUUGUGACUUCUGAUGUAUCUGCUCGUGGGGUUGAUUACCCUGAUGUUACACUUGUCAUUCAGGUGGGCUUGCCAGCUGAUAGAGAACAGUAUAUACAUAGGCUUGGCCGAACUGGACGUAAAGGUAAAGAAGGGCAAGGCGUAUUGUUACUUGCUCCGUGGGAGGAAUUCUUUUUAUCGACUGUCAAGGAUUUGCCAAUAACAAAAGCUUCUGUGCCUUCAUUUGAUCCAGACACACAGAAAAAGGUAGACCGUGCACUUUCCCAUGUGGAGAUGAAGCACAAAGAAUCAGCGUACCAGGCAUGGCUUGGUUAUUAUAAUUCCAUAAAGAAAGUGGGGAGGGACAAAUGUAGGCUUGUGGAGCUUGCAAAUGAAUACAGUCGAUGCAUGGGACUUGAUAAUCCUCCAGCUAUUCCCAACCGUGUCCUUGCCAAGAUGGGUCUUAGGAAUAUACCUGGUUUGCGUUCUCAAUAGUGAUCUUGCGGAAACAAAUAUCUUUCAAUUUUUUCCAAUUUUAUUAUAGUAAUUAAUUAAGCUUUGUAAUGAUAUAUCAGUCUCUCAAGUCUUGACUAAGAGCCUUUGGAUUUUAUUUCAAACUUUUGAUCUGCCGAUUACACAAAUCCAAUUGGGUUCAUUUCACGGGUCCCGUUCGGAUCAUCAUUCAACUGGGUUUUUGAGUUUUUCCUACGCAUCGAGUCCUCUACACUUGAAGACGAGCAGCUAUUUUAAUAAUAAAAAAAUCAGUUUUUGGUGAAAAAA